AGGGUUUGCUCGAGACACUUUUUAGAGGACGAUUACCUACCUCCUGAUAAUGCAGGACGGUGUUUAUUAAAAAAAGGGUCUGUUCCCAGCCAAUUUGACUGGUCUUCAAUGACUCCAAAAAGAAGAAAACUAAUUCGCACUUGUACUGGAGAGACACAAACUGAAGAAACUGCAAUUGAAGAAACUGGCAGUGAAGUGUGCACAGUCGAUCCUUUGCUAAAAAUGCAAGAAGAGUUGGAAGGAUUAAGAUUGGAGGUAAUUCUGAAAACCCAAGAAUUAAAAAAAAGUAAGGAAGAAACAGCUUCUGUUAUGGAAGAAAUGAAUGCAUUCAAGGCCCGAGCACAUAAAGAAAUUGAAAAUACCAAGAAGGCUGCCGCCGAGGAGUUAGCACUAUCCAAAUUUGGCUUAGAAAGAUUUUCAACUAACAAUGACUUAGUCAGAUUCUACACAGGAUUUGUUUCUUAUGAACACAUUAAGGCUUUUUAUGAAAUCAUAAAACCCACUGCUGAGAGAAUGACCUAUUGUUAUGCUACAGGAGAUAGAGAAAGUCGUCCAAAAGCACGAACCAUGCUAGUUAUAGACGAGUUGUUUAUGUUCCUGGUUCGUAUUAGAUUGGGCUUAUUUGAGCAAGACCUUGCUCACAGAUUUAUAAUACAUAUAUCCACUGUUAGCCGAAAAAUAGUUACAUGGAGCAAUUACUUAUAUUUCAUGUUGGGAUGUCAAGUAAUCUGGCCUUCUAGGGAAAAUGUCAAUAAUUACAUGCCCCAGUGUUUUCGUAGGCUUUACCCAAGUACUAGAGUUAUAAUAGAUUGCACAGAAAUUUUGUACAAACUCCCAGCUCCUUAUUAUUACAGUCACAAUUAUACUCAAGCUAUAAAAGCAACACUACCCUUAAAGGUUUGGUUGGGAUCUCUCCUCAUGGGGCAGUCUCUUUUGUAUCUGGGUUAUAUACUGGAGCAAUCUCAGAUAAAGAAAUAA